CUCGUGUUCGCGCGCAUCAGCGCUGGAGCUGACCGUGGUGCUGAUCGCCUCGCGUUCGCGCUCGCUCAAGAUCAACACUGACAUGAACGAGCGGUAGAUCUGAACACCUCCGAACCUGAGAUUGAAUUGGACGCUUCCUCACAGUCACAACCUGCAGUUUCGGAGGAAUCAAGCAUGAAUUUGAAGUAAGACGGAAUUAUUUUGGAAGUCGAUGGAAAGUCAGCAUUAUACCUGCAGCUGACAUGGACGUUCCGGCACGUGUUUUAAUAGGAUUUGCGAACAUGAUGUCCAUCCUGAGAUUUUUACUGUACUUAAUUUAAUAUGUGUUUAUUUAGAUGAAUACAUAAUCAUUUAUAAUGUUGCUAUAAACAAAGCUGUUUAGAAGCAAAAGAAGAUAACUACAUUCAUUUGGAUUUGACAUUUGUGGAGAUAAUGGCUCGCAUUCUUGUCCUUCUUAACUCAGUCGGACUGUUGCUCUUCGGUAGUGAAAUGUUUCUGGUGGGAGCAAACCGUCCACCCGCUCCUGUUAAUGUGUCGGUCAUGCACCUGAGAGCUGAUUCAGCAACUGUGUCCUGGGAGGUGCCUGAGGGUGACAUCAUCAUUGGCUUUUCCAUCUCCCAACAGAGAAUGGACGGCAAAAUGCAGAGGUUUAUUAGAGAGGUGAACACCACCAGCAGAUCCUGUGUGCUGUGGGACCUGGAGGAGGAGAUGGAUUACAUCAUCCAGGUUCAGUCUAUCGGCCUGUACGGAGAGAGUCAGGCCAGCAAACGUGUCCACUUCAGAACCCUGAAGAAAACUGACCGCUUCCCCUCAAACAGUUCAAACCAAGAUGACCCAACAGUCCAAGGCCUGGAUAAAGCUCGACAGCUGCAGACAGGGGAGAUGAUCAUCAUUGUGGUGGUGCUUCUAAUGUGGGCAGCCGUAAUUGCCUUGUUUUGCCGGCAGUAUGACAUAAUAAAGGACAACGAUUCCAGCAACAGCAAAGAGAAGGCAAAACCAUCUUCAGAGAGAAGCACACCAGAGCACCACAGCGGAGGUCUACUGCGGAGCAAGUUCCACCAGUCUGUGCCAUCUAUCAACAUCAUUGAGGUGUGAUGGGAGUUUCGAUGAUGUCAGUCGCACCAUCCGCCGUAUCAGGAUGACGGUUUAUCGGCCCUUCCAUCAUAACACAGUCAAGAAUCCUCAUGGAGCAGCACAUCAGCUACACCUCAAUAUCGGCCCACCCAUACGCACGUAUAUUAAAGCAAUCCACCGGGACUGUAAAUAUCAUAUUGCGUAUAUGACUGGAUGCCUGUGUUGUGUGAUGGAUGGAGAAUACCCAAAACUUUCCUGCAAUAUAUCCGAUUAAAUCGGGGAUUUUUUCCUCUUGUAUAGAAAGGAAGGAAAGUGUAUUUUUGAUAUGGUACUGUUGCAGUAUGACAGGGUUUCUACUCUUUAUUAGCUUGUGUUUGGUUUUUGCAUGUAUUUCUUUUGAGUCAGAUAGGAUGUGUACAGGAUGUGUGCAGGUCAUUAAAUUAAGCUUGUGCUCUUGUUUUUAUUACCCAGUAAAACUAGUGGAAUUGUGUCUGAGCUGCUUAUUAUUGGGAACAGACUGACGCCAAAUCUCUCCGCUUGUCAUCUCUUCAUCCUCCUAACUAGUUGUUUUUGUAUUCUAAAUAUGCAUAUUUGCCCAUUUUUCUGCCCACUACAUGCUAAUCUUAAAACCCUGCCAGACUGAACAAUGUACAGUACAUAAUUGCUAAUCUCACUGUGUUGUAUACAAAACAAAACAAUAUCCUGACUGAAUUAAAAAAAACAAUAAAAAACAAUAUCCUAACUGAA